ACACCACCACCACCGGCAGCAAGAAAAAACAUUCUUUGUCCUCUUCUCCUCCGCUCCCCAUUUCUCUUGCUAGGGUUUCUACCCCUCCAUAUCCUCGCUCCACGGUCAUGGCGAAGACGAAGCAGGGAAAUAAGGACGUGGAUUCGUACACCAUCGGCGGCACCAACAAGGUCGUCUAUGUGGGAGACUGCGUGCUGAUGCGGGCGUCGGACUCGGACAACCAGCCGUAUGUGGCGCGGGUGGAGAAGAUGGAGGGCGACGGGCGUGGCAGCGUGCGGGUGCAGGUGCGGUGGUACUACCGCCCCGAGGAGUCCAAGGGCGGCCGCCGGCAGUUCCACGGCGCCAAGGAGCUAUUCCUCUCCGACCAUUUCGACCUGCAGAGCGCCCACACAAUUGAGGGGAAGUGUGUUGUCCACUCUUUCAAGAACUAUACCAGGCUUGACAAUGUUGGGCCUGAGGACUUCUUCUGCCGAUUCGAGUACAAGGCGGCCACCGGUUCGUUCACCCCUGACCGCGUGGCAGUGUAUUGCAAAUGUGAGAUGCCGUACAACCCCGAUGACCUCAUGGUGCAGUGCGAUGCUUGCAAGCACUGGUUCCAUCCAUCUUGUGUGGCUAUGACCAUUGAACAGGCCAAAAAGCUAGAUCACUUUGUUUGCUCAGACUGUUUCAAAGAAAAUGGUUCAAAGAGACUUUCAAAUGCAUAUGCCACUUCACCAAAUUUUGAGCCUAAGGCUGAACCAAAAAGGCAGAGGAGGUAACAAACUGUGAGUGGUAACAUCCAUAUGGGUAAGGGGAGAUGUGCUGCUUCUGUGGUGAAUCAGCCCUUGCCCUUUGCUGUGGUGAGAGCAGAGGUGUACAGUGUACUAGACCAGUGUUUGCUGUUAGGGGAACGGGUUUUGUUCGAUGUGUAGACCGUGUGGCAUGGCAUGCAGUUGUUGGUAGAGGUCAAAAGAACAGUCGUUGUGUUCACUUGGUCAGCUUAGCGCCUUAGCCCUUGUUAAUGUGUUAAUGCACUGUGUUAACUCAGCGAGCCCCCCUUGUGGCUGAUAAUGCAAGUCAUGCAGUUGUUGAUACAAA